AUUCGAAACGGUUUUAUGAGUCGCAUUUACCCAAAAUCUAUAACAAAUUGCUGAUCAAACUUUAUACACAUCUAAAGCGAUUGAUGGGGUUUAAAGUCAUUACAGAUUGUUUCUGAAAUGUCUGUAUGUCUUUUUCGCAGUGUCUACAGUGGCUAUAGGUUUUCUAGACAAUCUACAUAUCUUCGUAACUUAAGAUAUUAUUCGAGUGAGCGCAAGGAUAACAAAAUUCGAGACUUAGUGAAAGCUGAAAGUAAACAGCUUCAACAAAAAUACAGCCGUGAAAAUGUUCGCCAAUACUUCUUUACACGAUUUUUCAAUUACAUUUCAAACUAUGACAAAAUUCUUGAGAAACGUUUUCCUGCCGCAAUGCAUGUUUAUCGUGUAUUUAUGGUGGGAGUUAAGGACUUUUAUAGCGAUAUGAAGAAAUAUUUCAAAGUAAACGCAAUCAUGAAUUCAUCAGAAAAAGGAAUAAAGGCACUGACAAGAAAAGAAAUGGAAUUGUGGAAGCAAAUGCCGAGAGAUAUGAUGAAAGUUGCGCCGGUUUUACUCAUAUCUGCGUUACCAUUUGCCAAUUAUGUGAUAUUUCCUCUAGCUUACAUGUAUCCAAGACAACUCUUGACAUCCCAUUUUUGGAGUAUUCAGCAGAAAUCUGAAUUUCAAGAUCUUUUCCUAAAGGAGCGAACAUCAGUAAAUCGAAAAAUUUUUCGUAUCUUACAGGCCAAACUUGAAUCGACAAAGAGCUCAGAACAUUACAAAACGUGGAAUUACAUUUUAGGAUUGUUAGGAAGUGGAACACAUCCAACAGCAGAUGAGAUAAUUUCGGUCCGGAAUAUAUUCAAUGAGAAACCAUACAGCAUUGGAACGAUUUCUUCAUCUCAUUUGAAGUCCUUGUGUAAGCUUCAUGGCAUUCAUAGCUGGUAUUUAAAGCGUCUUCGUUUGUCAGAAUAUUGUUAUACGAUGCAUCAUAUAGAUCUUGCGAUAAAAAGUGAAGGCGGUGUUCAUAAUUUGACUACAGACGCACUUCGUUAUUCUUGUUAUCUCAGAGGCCUGAAUCCUUCUAAUUUAAGAAACGAGGAGAUGAUUGAAUGGCUUCGAGAUUGGAUAAAGAUUUCUCUUACGAUUCGCUAUGAAAAUGUGAGCUUGUACGUUCAUCUUCCAAUUCUAUUAAGUUAUAAUCAUCCGAAUAAUUGGAAAUUAACACACAACUGAACACAUCUGAAGGAAAGUUAUUAACUAGUCUUUGUUGAGUUUAUGACUCGUCUGAAAGACGUCGUCAGAUUGUAAAUGGAUUUAAAUUUUUCCCAAUAAUUUUUUUUAUUUCAAUAUUAAAAAUAAAUGUUAAUUAUUCAUUUAUCGU